AUGUUGAACAAACAACCCAAACUCAAACCGGAUUCGGCUCAAACUCAUCGAAGCCCCUGAAAUCCUAAUUCUGUGCAAUUGCAACUUUGCUUAUCUUUUAAAAGCCCAGACUCCAGAAACCUCGACCCCAAGAAACUUCAAAGCAACCACACCGGCGCACCGAACACUGCCCACCGGAUCAUAGCUUGCCGCCUUCGUUCGACUCUUUCUCUCGCGAAGAUCUUUAGAUUCAAAUUUAUGAUUUUUAAAUGGCAAUAUCUUCAAUGAGUGCCUCUUCUGGUAUUUCCACUUCGUUAUUACAUCCAGUGAGGCUUGAGCUUCCACAAAGGGGCCACCCUCUAAAGAUUUCCAACUACGGAGUAAAAGGACUUGGAAGGGUAUCAUACCGUUUGAGAUGUGAAGAAAAAUUAGAGAGGCUUGGCAAGCUAUCAUUAUGUUUUAGUUACAAACAUAAGUUAACGCCCACAAGAGUUUGUUCUGCAUCUGUGGUGUGUUCAGCUGCUUUGAAUGCAAGAUGCGGAGCUGAAGGCCAGACUCAAACAGUAGAGAAACCAACUUCUGUAAUUACAAAUGCACCUGGUAAAGAGAAAUCGCCACAACUUGAUGACGGUGGAACUGGGUUUCCGCCUGGUGAUGACGAUGGUGGUGGAGGAGGAGGAGGAGGUGGAGGUGGUAAUUACAGUGGCGGGUUUUUCUUUUUUGGUUUUCUAGCAUUCCUUGGGUUCUUGAAAGACAAGGAAAGUGAAGAAGAAUCAUAUCCCAAUCAUAGAUGAAUGUUCUGAGAUCAAAAGACUUGAUAUAGUCUAUAGUUUGCACUUGUAAUCCCAUUAUUUCCAUCUAGACAUCGACAUACUAUUAUAUAAAUUGCUAUCUUUUGUUAGUUCACGACCUCACGUGACCCUUUAAACUCGAGUGUAAAUCAAGGAAAGUCGGUAAACAUGGUAAAACCGUAAAAGGUUAUUUUUUAUAACGAUGUAGAGAAA